AUGGUGCGCCUCCACGUGAAAAAAGGGGACGAGAGCCAGUUUCUUUUCGACACCAACCUCGAGGAAAGUGUCGAUAAUGUAAUCAACGACAUCACAACUAUCUACAAUGGUCGUCUGAAAGUCUCAAGAAUUUGUUACGAAAUGGAAGAGCUUGCCAAGUAUGGCACCAUGUUGCCCGAGAACAUGAUGGGACUGACCGAAGAACAAGUCGAAGAGCUGAAACUUAAGGACGAGUGGGCCGAGAAGUGCACACCAUCCGGAGGCUGGACUUUUAACAAGGACGUUAUCGGUCGUCGGAAUGGUCGCCAACCGAACGAGAGGAUGCAGGGGAUUUUGAAGAAGGCCAUCGAGCACGCCCGGACCGGGACGUCUAAGAAGCUGGUGCUGCAGGAAAAACUGGUCGACCAAAAAACCGUGCAAGAAGCUCUGGAUCAUCUGCGAGGUGCCGUUACCAUAGUUUACCCGAUGGGUUUACCUCCGCAUGACGUGAUUCGCCAGGAAUUCGAAAACAAUGAGGAUUUGACCGGCACCCAGGCAUCUCUAGAGGUCAUGGACAUCCAGUUGGCCCAGCUUUGGUUCUGCGGCAAGGAGAUGCUUCGAGGGUGCAAAUUGAGGGACUUCCUAGGGAGGAAUGAAAAGACCAAAGUGAUUGUUAAAUUGCAAAAAAGAGGUGCUGGGAAACCUGCUAGAGAGCCCGUCUUGUCGGAGGAGGACCGAAAGCAGCUCAUGUUGCACGCGUUUAAACGACAAGAGGAGCUGAAGAAACUUGAGCAAGACGAUGACGACCAGUAUCUUGACUCCACCUGGGCCGACGGCGGCAGUCUGAAGCGACAUUUCCAGGGUCUGAACAACAUCUCGUGGAAGCCCCACUAAAAUGGAAUCCAACUCGGACGAGGGGUGGUGCCGUGCAUCGCCUCGUCUGCAAGAUCGACGGUACGGGUCAUAAUAAAAGAGAUGUCAGGCUCGCCGUAUCGCGGAGUAAAGCCGGGACAAAUAUCGGGGAAACGAGUGAACCAGAGCUGGGAGUUGCACCUUCGCGAGGCCGGCCAUCUUUCGUAGCGCUCGAGAAUCGGGGGACGAGGUCAGGGAGCCCGAAGAACCACCGGAAGAGCCAGGACCGACUCGCCGGGAAGACCGCAUACACACACGCAUACACACUAUUUUACUCACAGAGAUAUACGAUAUUUUGUGACUAACGUUUUUCUAUAACUUAAAGCGCAAAGAGACGGAUACCAGAAUCGCAUUAACGAGACAAGCGGUUCUCCUCGAGGUGCACGGGAGGAAAGGACCGCGAGGCCCGAAGAGGACGAAGCCAGGAGACAUUGAAGGUGCAACGCAUCAUGCCACGGGAACUAUUCCACGAAGGAUGCCCUCCCCCGUGAGGGUGACAUUUUUUUCCUUUUUUUCCUACAACGGCGAAAUGACUUCCUCCUCGAAGAAGAGCGCGACAGGAGGGGUCGCGUAUUCCUGACAGCGCCACCGUCCGACCACGAGGAUCACGCGCGUACCUCGUUAAGGAUCUCUUAGAUUAGGAGAGGCUGCGACGAAUUCGCUAAACGUCGGACAAACGGCCAUGCCCGUUAAAGAGGGAACUUCCUCCCUCGGGAGUCGCAGGACGAAUCGCCGCGUCGUGGGAUUCGCGAAGGAUCUCUUGUUCAAGGACCCCUCAUGCCGGGGAAAUUAGGAGCGCCGCGCGAGUCCUCGUCUAUUCACCGCACAGACAGCAUAUUACCGUCCGAAUACGGACAUCCUGGGCGAUUAGUCAAGUUCUUUCCUGCCUGGCCGAAGAAGAGGCUACGAAGGAUACGCCGUCGCUGGUCGACCGCAUCCUGGAUGACGAUUCGAAGGAUCACGAGUGCGGCACGGGUUCUCCUGCGUUUCCAGAGUCGCCAUGAGGCCCUGAAGAGCAUCCUCAGGGAAUCAGCGGUGCAGUGAUUAGGUGAUUCAUCGAGACAAGAUCCAUUACGCCGGUAACGUCGAUCCCUCCGAGGAUCCCGAAGACCAGGAAGAGUCUCAACAGUCUCAUCCGUGUCGCCGUCUGCAUCUGAGCUUCGUCUCCAGGAUGGUCUCAAAGGGUGCAAGCCACCCCCUCUGGUUCACUCGCAAACAGCCGAGGCGGGUAACAGAGCAAUGCGAGAGUAAUCCGGGAUAAUGGUACGAGAUCAAUUCGCAACACUAUCAUAUAUUAAAGUCACGUUAAUUACCGAUUAAACCUAAUAAGUAACUAACUACCGAAUAACGUUAAAUGAGUACUAAUUAAGUAAUUCGCUUGCUGUGUGAUCAUGACGCAUCCACCCGCCAUGCAUCGUAGCAAUUGUGAACGCGACACCGAAGUACACGCUCAUAAUCAAUCGUACACGAUUAAAGGUAAAGUUUAGAUUUCUAAAGGUACUGUCCGAUGCCGUCGCCUCCCAGGAGGUCCGGUGCGACCGGCGAUACCGAGAUCGAGAUCGCCAACCCGAGUCGACCGGACCUCGAAGAGGUCACUCUUGGAACGUGUAAAUAUACUCUUGGUAACGUCGAAGACGUCGAGUGCGCCGAUAGGGAUACGAUACCGCAUAGCGACUCCGGAGGUAGAGAUCAACCGAGCUCCGAUUCGAGUUUAAUUCCAGCCUGCCGAGUUUUAGGUACCGAGUCCAACCCGAGCAGGUCGAGCUCUACCUCGAGACACGUCGCGCGCCGCAUGGCGGGAUAACGCAUUCUCUCGUCUUCGAAUUUUCGGUCAUACGCAGUAGGGAGAGAGUUAAUUAACGCGAGGCGUGCCGACCAAGUCGUCUCAGUGCGCCCCCCCGAUUUUUCUACGGAGACAGAUUUAAAGACCAUCACGGUAGUCGGCGAUGAUUCCUUUUCGCGCUUUCGAUCGGGUGACCUGAACGCGACCAGGCGUCCUUUGGCCGCAUUGCGGACGAUCCGUGGGAUGCCAUUGAGGAGGACGUAGACCUUGCCGGAGUAUUCGAGCCUUUUAACACCUUUUCACCUAAAAAGGUGUUAAACAAAAGAUUAAAAAAAUGAAAAACAGGGGUUAGCGAGCGUUCCAGAGAACCGCGUAGAAGAUUUGCUUCGACCAUCCGCGAGCUUGCUAUCGUGGGGUCGUUCCAAGAAAAAUUCGUAAUUACACGUACGGUAUCACUUAACAGCACGCCAGGUUGCGUCGGGACUCGGGUGUUGGUUUUUCGACAGAGGCAGGAUACGGCACGGGUUAAUUAUUGUUCUAGGCGGAGGCUCCGUCCUGCGCGUGCGCGCGACGGGGAGCCGCGCAUUACCACGUUGAUUACCCUACGGGAAGAAAAGAGGAAAUAAUUGAAUCGUUUUUAUGGCUUAAGAACAAGUUGUCUGUGAUCUACAAUAAUUAAAAGAUAUAUUAAAUAAGUAUUGAGGGAGGGCGAAGGUAUAAGAUAUUAAAUCAAUAGAUGUAUAUUGAAGGGGGGGGGAAGGAAGUGUCGCGAGAGGUGUGCUCGCGCAUCGGCCACUUCCGGUGGACGAGGGGCGCGACCGGCCCCAGUCAGCCCGAGAGCAAUACGAAUAGAGAAAGAGAGAUGCCGCAUUAAACGAAACCACCGCAAAUGAAUUCUAGAGGAGCUAAGGAAGAUAAAAUGAUAAAAUACAAAAAACAACGUUAGCGAUACACACACACACACACCCUACGUGAAAUUAAAGGAAAAAAAGGUGAAAGAGAGAAAAAAAAAACACAUCGCGAGAAUUGUAAAAGCUACCAAAAUAUAAUUGCUGUUGUUAAAUCUGUGCUAAUUCGCGAGGCGAGGGCGAGCGCUGCGUUCGAGCUGAGAGAGAGGAAGAAAUAAGAAAUAUGAAAAAAAAAAAAAGGGGAAAAAAAAGAAAGGAGCGUCGAAGAAAUGCAGAGGAAACCGGCACGGCUCGUCGCGGCUACGAGUUCAUAGGUUUAGCUAGUUAUAGAGGCGCAAACACCAAAAUCGUUCCUUCCACCCGCUCCGGCCGUGUACUUAUUAAUUUUAAUAUAUCGCAUCUCAUAUGUAUACAUCGAGGCUCUCCGAGCCAAGCGCACCUCAGAAUGCAAUUGCCACUCCGGCGUUUUGCCGACGCGACACGCACGAUAUAGAUAUGUAAAGAAACAUACAUAUCCGUGUAUAUUUCUUUACUUAUGUAUAUUAAAAUAAUUAUAUAAACGCCACGUCACCGAAUAAUAAGUUCUUCUACGAGAGCGUUGCGAAAGAAAUGUCCGACAUGAUUUUUCUACCGUUUGGCACAUACGUGGAGAACACGUACAAGAUCGUCGACUUUAUAUUUAUGUACAACAUUCAAUUAUUAUAAAUUUUUGACGUUAUUAUGAACUUAUGAUCGAUUUCGUGUGAAAGUGUAUAUGGCUUUUUCUGCGGUUAACAAUAAAAUGUUGUCAAAGCUUU